AUGCCGCCUCCAUCUACUGGAAGCGCCGCAGAGCGCGCAGCUGCUGAACCGGGUACGUCUAGGGGUCUCUCCUCCGCAGCAGGAGCCGCAGCAGCAGCAGCAGCAGCAGCAACAGCAGCAGCAGCAACGGGGCAGACAACGAAUGCGCUACUGCAGCAACAGGGUGCGCCGGCCUCAGCAGCAGCAGCAGCAGCUGCUGCUGCUGCUGCUGUGCCAGCCGGUCCCCAAGGGAAUCCCGCAGGAGCACCCCAAGCAGCAGCUGCAGCAGCAACAGCAGCAGGAGCAGCAGCAACAGCAGCAGGAGGAUCAGCAGCAGCAGCGUCAGACAUAGACGUGGAGGCUGAUGUCCAUAGUCUCUUUCAGAGGCUGUUUUCUGGAGGUGGUUCUGGUGAGGCAGUGCUGGCAGCACUUGAACGAGGCAGCCGCUGCGGCUGCUCGUCAAAAGAAGGUGCUGUAGCAUUAAGAUUUCUUGAGACUUUGUUUAGGGAGACGCGGCAUCUACCACGAUAUCCUCUGAAAGAAUUGUCUGCAACAGCAGUGCUGCUGGCUGAACGCCGAGAGCUGCUGCUGCUGCAUGGACACUAUGCUAAAUUUGCUGCUCAAGUUGUUGCUGCUCUUCCUGCGGAUCUGCGCACUCGUAUACACCUCACAGAAGCAGAACUACACGCAAUCUCGCUGCCCCCACCACCAACCAUCGGCAUGAAAGGGUCAGUUUCUGGAGUUGUUGUGCCUGGGCCUAUGGCGCUGAACAUGCAGAAUGAACGUUUCCCUAAGAUAUUAGAGCAGCAGCACCAACAACUGCUGCAGCAGCAGCAACAGCAGCAGCAUCUGCAGCUGGGAGACGCUGCUGCUGCUGCUGCUGCGCAGCAACAGCAGCCGCCUCCACAGCAGCAGUUUGGUUUGCUGGGUGGGGCGAGCAGCAGCAGCAGCGGGAGCGGCACCAACAGCAGCACGGGUCCACCUGGUAUGAGCAGCAGCAACGCGUCUGCAGCAGCCGCAGCAGCAGCCGCAGCAGCAGCAGCAGCAGCAGGCAGCAGCGGAUCUGGAGGUGCAGGUUUGCUGCUGCAGCAAGGGGGGAGCAUGGAGGCCCUCCUAGCUCGAGAUGAAGAGUUUGUUCAGAAUCUGCAGGCACCUCCUGUGUGGUUUAAAGAUGCUGCUGCUGCUGCAUGCAACAGCAUUUGUGCUGCUAAUGUAGCAGCAAAAGCUCUGCAGCUGCAGCAAAUGAUACGCUCAGAGUUCUUACCCUGGUUUGCUCUCUAUCUUGUUAAGAAUCGCGUAACGAAGGAGCCAAAUCACCACGCUGUUUAUAUACAGUUUAUUUUGCUGCUGCAGCAGCCUAGACAGGAACUCGAGCAGCAGCAGCAGCAGCAGCAGCAGCAGCAAGACCGCGAGCCCAGGGAUCCACAACAGCAGCAGCAGCAACAACAGCAGCAGGGAUCCCAGCAACAGCAACAGGGAUCCUCACAGCAGCAGCAGGGGUCCCAGCAACAGCAACAGCAGCAGCAGCAGCAGCAGCAGCUACCGGUGAUGGAGUGUAUUGUCUCUACUACUUAUGAAUGCGUUAAAGCGCUGCUGCGGUUUGUUUCAACAGCAAAGGACUCGUCUGCCUUCAGAACAGUGCUCAAGAACUUAGGGCUUUGGCUGGGAAGCAUUACAAUUGCUAGGAACAAGCCGCUACGCUCAAAGCAUAUAGAUUUAAAGAAGCUGCUGCUGCGAGCAUACAGUGCAGGGCAGCUUGUUGCUGUGCUGCCCUUCGUCUGCCGCGUAUUAGAAGCUGUUUCUUCCUCAAAAGUUUUUAAGCUGCCUAACCCUUGGACUGCUGCACUUAUUAAUCUCUUAGCCGAGUUUCAUAAGAUCCCACACCUCAGAACAAAUUUAGUGUUUGAUAUAGAAGUUUUGUUUAAAAGACUCGAGCUGAGUGUGAACGACUACGGAAAUAAAACAGCAAUAUUAGCGCAGCACCCGCCUCCUAUAGACAGCGCAGACUUUGUAGCUAGGCCUCAGCAGCAGCAGCAGCAGCAGCAGCAGCAUCAGCAGCAGCAGCAUGAUGCAGCUGCUGCUGCAGCAGCUGCUGCAGCAGCAGCUGCUGCUGCUGCUGUAAGAGGAGGGCAGGUGCAGCAGCAACAACCUGGGGCGGGGCUCUUUGCUUCAGCAGAUGAUAGAGGUGUUAGGGCUCUGGGAUUGCUGCUGCAGCAGCAGCAACAACAGCAGCAACAUCGCUUUGGAGGGGCUGGGCUGCCGCUGGAUUCGCAGCAGCAGCGCCUCCUCGAUGCUGCUGCUGCUGCAGCAGCUGCUGCUGCGGCUGCGCAUGCACCUGGAGCAACCCCUGCAAGAGCUGCUGCGGCGCUGCAGCAACAACAGCAGCAAUCCUUCGUGGAUGUACUCCCAAGAAUGGAUUCAGCAGCAACAGCAGCAGCUGCUGCAGCAGCAGCAAGAAGGGGAGCAGCAGCAGCAGCAGCAGCAGCAGAAUCCUUCGGUCCUGUUGCCUCCACCUCUCAUCCUUCUCUGAAAGCUAUAGUUCCUGUUGCUGUUGAGAGAGCUAUUCGCGAUAUUAUCUCUGCUGUUGUCGAGAGAUCAGUGUCGAUAUCAUGCGUAGCAACUCGGGAGCUGGUUUGUAAGGACUUCUGCUUAGAAAGAGAAGAGGCGUUGGUCAAGAGAGCAGCACAUCUCAUGGUUGCUUCGUUAGCAGGGUCUCUGGCGCUCGUUACGUCCAGAGAACCGCUGAGAGUUGCGCUGACGCAGCAUCUAAGACAGCUGCUGCAGCCCGCCAGCACUAAAGAUGAUGCUGAUCAGGUACUGGUGGAGCAGGUGGUGCAAGUAGUCGGAGGAGAUAAUUUAGAUCUGGGCUGCGCUGUAAUUGAACAAGCUGUUGUUGAGAGAGUGCUGAGAGACAUUGAAAUAGCUCUAGCUCCUGCUUUAGCAGCAAGAAGACAUGCAAGAGAGAGAGGACUAGUAUAUGCAGAUACACUGCAUAUGAGCUGCAGCAAGUGGAGCUUCCUUAUACCCGAUGCUCUUAGACCUCGUUCAUCUCUUUGUUCGCGACAGCUGCAGAUUUAUAAAGACUUCAUGACCCUAGGAACGCUUAGAAAGAUGCAGCAGUCUGCUGCUGCUGCUGCUGCUGCUGCAGCGGCAGCAGCAGCGCAACAGCAACAGCAACAGCAACAACACCAGCAACAGCAACAUCAACAUCAGCAACAGCAGCAGCAGCAACAAGGAACUGUAGGACUUACUGCACAGGCACUAGCAGGUGGGGCUGCUGCUGCAGGAGCAUUGCUGAGGCAGCAGCAGCAACAACCUGCUGCUUUUGCUGCUUCUGCUGCAGCAGCUAGAGCCCAGCAGCAGCAGCAACUCGACUUGUCGAAGCUGCGCAGCCUAACCUCUCAGGAGUUAGACUUGCAGCAGCAGCAGAAACUGCUCCUCGCUCGUGCUGCUCCUGCAACCUCCCCUGCAGCAGCAGCAGCAGCAGCAGCAGCAGCAGCAGCAGCAUCGGUGUCUUCUUCCGGUUCUUCUGGGGCUCCUACGGGUGGUGGAGCGUCAGCAGCAGCAUCAGCAGCAUCAGCAGCAACAGCAGCAGCAAUCCGAGAGCCUCUGCCGAUUCCUGCUGCUGGUUCUCUCUGUAAUGCUGAAGUAUUAACACGUUUUGAUGAGUGCUUAAAUUUAAUCAAAGAAGAAGUCCUCGCUAUCUUCGCCUGUCCCCCUGUCAUGCCUUCAAGCCCGCACCCCACAAAGUUCUCGUCUCCUCUGGGGUGCAGAGCAGCAGCAACACCUGUCCCCGUUUGCUGCAACGCAGCACUACUUGUUGCUGCUUGCUUGCCUUCUAACGCAGAGUUGUUUUUGCUGCUGGAGUCUGCAGGGGCUAUAGCAGCAGCAGCAGCAGAAGAAGAAGCAGCUUCACUCUUAGCUCACAGAGUUCUUAGGGCUAUGCUUGCUGCUGCUGCUUCUUUUCAGUUAAGGCCCUCUCAUUCGCCUAUACGGGGGGUUGAUAGAGUCUCUGUUUAUCUUGAAGUCUAUGCUGCAUUGUUAGAGGGCCUCAAGGCGGAGCACAGGGAGGUCGGCGGUUUAUGCACAGAGGUGUUUACUUUAACCUGCUCAACUGCAGCAGCAGCAGCAGCAGCUGCUGCUGCUGCUGCUGCAGCAUCCGUAACGGGGGCGGGCCCUCUGGGAUCUGCUGCUGCAACAGCAGCAGCAGCAGGAAAUACCAGUCCCGCAGCAGCAGCAGCAGCGGCAGCAGCAGCAGCAGCAGCACAGUCUGCUAGUCGGCGCAGCAGCGUUGCUGUUGCUGCUGUUUUGCUGCGGUAUAAGCUUGUAGCAGCAGCAGAUGCUGAUCCCUAUCUGGGCAGCGAAGUACAGCGCAGCAGCAAACAAGGAGGGUUCUUAGAGUUUGCUGUUGCUCUGCUGCGGCUGCUGCAAGAGCAGCAGUGCUGCGACGAAGCAGAUUGGCCGCACACUAUUGCUGCUAUUGCUGCAGCACAGCUCUCUCCACAGCAGCAGCAACUCCAGGAGUCAAGAGCGAAGCUUCUAGAGACAUUCAAAGCUGCAGCAGAACAGCCGCAGGAGGAGCGUCCGGUGUACAGUUUGUUGGCUUUGCUGCAGCAGCAACAGCAGCAGCAGCAGCAGCAGCAGCAACCGAUUGUGCGUCAGCUUGCAUGUUUGCCUCGCGUGUCGGCUGCACAGCAGCAGCUAGUUGAGCGUGUGUUUAAAGAUUGGUUGCUGCUGUGUGCUGCAACAUCUGGGGGAGCAGCAGCAGCAGCAGCGGCAGCAGCAGCAGCAGCAGCAGCAGCAGCAGAACGAAGCUUCGUAGUGCGCGCUACAUUCUUUCAACGAAUAUCGCAUCAGGGUUUGCUGAGGAUGGAUGGUAAUACUGAUAGAUUUUUUGCGGUGUCUCUACGUCUUGCUGUUGCUGCUGCUAUAGCUCCUCUAUCUGCUGCAGCAGCACCUGCAGCAGCAGCCACUACAGGAGCAGCAGCAGCAGCAGGAUCUGCAGCAGCUACAGAACCAUC